CAGCACCAUGCGUUGGGCCACCAUCCUGAUCAUCGCUGGGCUCUGCGGUGCCUCCCUGGGCCAGUACAAUGAAGAAGAAGACAUGGCUUGGUUACAGUACUACAUGCGGCAAUCCCGCAUGUCCUCCUAUAACUACAUGCCCUACUACGAGGAUGAGAACACCCCUUACGUGUACUCUUACCUCCCAGCUCCAGACACGGAGGCGGAGCCUGGCCCUGAACCUCAGCAAGCCCCUUCCUGGCAAUGUCCCCAAGAGUGCGAUUGCCCCCCUAACUUCUCGUCAGCCAUGUACUGUGACACCCGCAACCUGAGGUACCUGCCCUUCGUGCCUUCCCGCAUGAAAUAUGUCUACUUCCAGAACAACCAGAUCACUGCCAUCCAAGAAGGUGCUUUUGACAACGCAACGGACCUGGAAUGGCUCGCGCUGCACAAUAACCAGAUCACCAGUGAGAAGAUGGGCAAGAGGGUCUUUGCCAAGCUCAAAAGCCUGGAGAGGUUGUACAUGAACAACAACAACCUAACCAAGAUGCCCAGCCCCUUGCCCCGCUCCCUGAGAGAGCUCCACUUGUCUUACAAUCAGAUCUCCAAGGUCCCCUCCAACGCUCUGGAGGGUCUGGAGAACCUCACAGCCCUGUACCUCAGCCACAACUACAUUUUUGAGAUGGGAGCAUCCCUCAAAGGGCUCAAGUCCUUGAUCCUUGCUGAUCUCAGUUACAACCACCUCAGGAAAGUCCCUGAUGGGCUCCCAAUGGCUUUGGAACAGCUCUACCUAGAGUACAACUACAUCAACACCAUCCCUGAUGACUAUUUCAAGGUCUCUCCCAAGCUGCUCUAUGUACGAAUGUCCCACAACAGCCUGACAAAUCAAGGUCUCUCUACCAACACUUUUAAUAGCAGCAGCAUCCUCGAGCUGGACCUCUCUUACAACAGGCUCCAGAAGAUCCCCCGGGUCAGCACCAACCUCGAGAACCUCUACCUUCAAGGGAACCAAAUCAACGAGUUCUCCAUCAGCAGCUUCUGCACCGUGGUGGAUGUCAUGAACUACUCCAGGCUCCAGGUCCUGCGGCUCGACGGGAACGAGAUCAAGCGAAACGCGGUGCCCCCCGACGCCCCGCUGUGCCUGCGGCGUGCCACCAUCAUCGAGAUCUAGCCUGGCCCCCCCCGGCCCCCUCCCCGUCCUCAGGACUUGGCUCCCCCGUUCCUGGGGAGACACUCACUCCCA